AGCGACAGUAUUCCGAGGCUCUCUAAACGAAAAGGAUAUCAAUAGUGUUAAGCAGUAAAAAGAAAAACCUUUGUGAAUAUGUGCAAAAUUGUGAUUGUUGUAGUCGCCGCCUUGGCACUCUUCUCUGGCCAUGCGCUGGCCCAGAAUCCACAAACACCUCAAUGGUGCAACGUGUCCACCAGUUUGAUUUGGAAUAAUACAGAUUUCUUCGGCAAUUGGAUGGAGGUAGGACGUAACCCCAUUCAGGGCACACCCGGUUGCAUGAUCUUCUACGGAAACUUGACUUCCGAUAAUGUGACGCUGUCCAUCAAUGGCUCUCGCUCGGCUAAUCCUACAUCGGUGUAUGGCACCAUACAUGAGUCAGCCAAGGUCAAGCUGGUAGCGAAUGCCACCACGGGCUACAACGUUACCUUCAACAAUGGAGCGCCAGUGAUGACCAAGCUGCUGCAGUUCGUCAACUACACGUAUCUCAUUGGCUGCGGCUACACCGACAACCAAGACAUGAGCACCAGCUUUGGUUUCAUUCUGGCCCGCAGCAACUACACCCUAGACAACACACAAAUUGCCGCCAACAAUGCUAGCAAGCUAUACAGCAACUUCCAAAAUAGUUCCACCUUCGGCACAAUUAACCAAAAAGGAUGCAUAUACAGUUCGGCCUCACAGUCUCUGCCCAUGAUUUCUGGGUUUGUGGCGCUGGCGCUGUUGCUGAUCAAGGCGCACUAACUCUCUUUCACUAUGUGCUUGCCCUCAUAUAAACAAACUCCCUUUUAAAAUAUUGCUCUGCGUUUAUAUUUUAUAAUAAAUUAAAAAACAGAAA